AUGAAAAUCCACUCCAAAUCUGCUAAUGCGGUCGAUGUGUGCGUCGUGCGGGAUGAAAUGGAGCAUGGGACAACUGGUCUCACAAAUGAUGGCUCAAAGCAGUGUGUGGACACCGCAGUUGCAUAUGACUGUACGCAGGUUUUUCAAGAGAAUACACUAACAGCAGAUAAGCAAAGCCUUACACAAGUCUCUUCCGAGGAUGAUCUAACUGAAAGUGAAAAUACUGACAAUGAAAGCAUUAAGUCUGGAAUAUCCGAAGGAACAUGUCAAAGGAAACGAGUGAAAGACCACAUGGAGGAUCAAAAGCUUUUAAAGAGGAUUCGUGGGGAUGUGCCACCUAAAAUGUUCGAGGCGACUGUAGGAUCAAUGCAAGCGGGUGUAUUCAAAAUCUGCUCCAAAGGAGGAUUGGAAGCAGGGAUAUUUCCGCUACAGUCGCUCGAUUUUUUCCGAAAAGCCCUCAAGCCUGAAUAUAUUAUCUCAGAAAUAAAUCCUUCCGACGGUUACCAUUCCGUGGAAAAUGACGAUAUAUUCACAACCCAUCGAGAAAUAACUGUAGAGCACAUGUCCGAGAUUGAGUCCGGUGGAAUCAAUGGGUUGAGGCGAGUUGUCGGUGCUAUUUUGCAAACGGGAAAAAGUACCUUAAAAAUCCUUUGUGCUGAGGUAUAUGCUCGAGAUACAAUAAGCGACCCACAUGCAGAGUCUGAAAAUGCUUCCCCAUCCAGUAUCCCCAUUGAUUCUGAAGCGACACAAUACAAAGCAAGAAUCAAGAUUACUUUAGUCCACGACCGAUACAAACGCAAUAAACUUGUUAUUGGAGCAAGAGCCUGCAAUUAUCUUAUUACCUCAGGUUUAUACAAAAACAACGACAAGUCUCAGGGAAACCAAACAUUCGCUUUUGUAGGUCCCAAUCGAUGUGCUGCAUUCAAGGUGGAUCGAUCAACUAAAAUGUUCAUUAAAAACGAAGUUCAAGAUCCAGGAUUGCUCUCAAGUGACAUCCUUGGCCUCGCACAAGUAAGAAGUGGGUUUGGUCAUCCUACCACCUAUACAGCACGUCGGGAAGCAUUGCUGGGAUAUGGCUCACUCUACUUAACGCCUGUUACCAUUUUCUCACUCUCGCAGUACAAGGUACCUCUUAGUCUUGUCUUUCGGAGCCUUGCAAUAAGGGCAAGGCAAAACAAGGAGGCCAAGAUUACUCUGCAUUUUUGUGACAUUGAAGAACCGCAGCAAGACGACCACUCAGAGGCUGCAAAUAUUACAAGGAGACUGCUUGGUCUUUUUCCGGGCAGUAGAGAACUUGUUGUCACUGGCAAUGAAGAGGCAGAGAAAGUUCUUUCAGACCUUUCGAAUGAGUUCUCCAAAGCGAUUUCUAACAAGAAUUUGAAGGUCGCAAAAAAAAUACUCUCCGAGAUCUUGUAA